UCAUAAUGACUCAAUCCAGUGUGUUGCCUAUAAUCCUGUCACACACCAGCUGGCCUCCUGCUCCUCUGGGGACUUUGGUCUGUGGUCUCCAGAGCAGAAAUCUGUGUCCAAGCACAAGGUCAGCAGUAAGAUCACCUGCUGUGGCUGGACCAAUGACGGUCAGUACCUGGCCCUGGGCAUGAUGAACGGAGUGGUGAGUAUUCGGAGUAAAAACGGAGAGGAGAAAGUGAAGAUCGAGCGUCCUGGGGGCUCCUCCUCCCCGAUCUGGUCCAUCGCCUGGAACCCGUCCAAGGAUGAACACAAUGACAUCUUGGCAGUGGCAGAUUGGGGACAGAGAUUGUCCUUCUACCAGCUAAGUGGCAAACAGAUUGGGAAGGACAGGCACCUGAACUUUGACCCCUGCUGCGUGAGCUACUUCUCCAAAGGAGAGUAUAUUGUCAUGGGGGGGUCGGACAAACAGGCCUCCCUCUACACUAAGGACGGAGUCCGUCUGGGUACCGUCGGCGAGCAGAACUCCUGGGUCUGGACCUGUCGUGUCAAACCUGACUCCAACUAUGUGGUGUUGGGUUGUCAAGACGGCACAAUCGCUUUUUUCCAGCUCAUUUUCAGCACAGUGCAUGGCCUUUACAAAGACCGAUACGCUUACCGAGACAGCAUGACAGAUGUCAUCGUUCAACAUCUCAUCACUGAACAAAAAGUUAGGAUAAAGUGUCGCGAACUGGUGAAGAAGAUUGCCAUCUACAGGAGUCGACUGGCAAUACAGCUCCCUGAGAAGAUCCUGAUCUACGAACUUUUCUCCGACGACUCCUCCGACAUGCACUAUCGCAUAAAAGAGAAGAUCUGUCGACGCUUUGAGUGCAACCUGCUUGUCGUCUGCUCCCAACAUAUCAUAUUGUGCCAGGAAAAGAGGUUGCAGUGCCUGUCGUUCACCAGUGUGAAGGAGAAGGAGUGGUUGAUGGAGUCUCUCAUCCGAUACAUCAAAGUGAUUGGUGGUCCGCCGGGCAGGGAGGGGCUUCUGGUGGGCCUGAAAAAUGGGGCUAUCCUGAAGAUCUUUGUGGAUAACCCCUUUGCCAUCACACUGCUGAAACAGAACACGUCCGUGCGAUGUUUAGACAUGAGCAUGUCCCGCAGCAAACUGGCCGUCGUGGACGAACACAACACUUGCCUGGUCUAUGACAUUCACACCAAAGAACUGCUGUUUCAGGAGCCAAAUGCAAACAGUGUGGCAUGGAACACUCAGUGUGAGGACAUGCUGUGUUUUUCGGGUGGAGGGUAUCUGAACAUCAAAGCCAGCACCUUCCCUGUGCACCAGCAGAAACUGCAGGGCUUUGUGGUUGGCUACAAUGGCUCCAAGAUCUUCUGUCUGCACGUCUACUCCAUGGCUGCGGUGGAGGUUCCUCAGUCUGCUCCAAUGUAUCAGUACUUAGAGAGACGGAUGUUCAAGGAGGCAUAUCAGAUCGCCUGCCUGGGCGUGACAGACAGUGACUGGAGGGACCUGGCCACCGAAGCCCUGGAGGGACUGGAUUUUGACACUGCCAAGAAGGCCUUCAUCAGAGUUCGAGACCUGCGUUAUCUGGAGCUCAUUAACAGUAUUGAAGAGAGGAAGAAGCGUGGGGAAAAUAACAGUGAUGUAUUCCUGGCUGAUGUCCAUGCCUACCAGGGCAAGUUUCAUGAAGCAGCCAAACUCUACAAGAGAAGUGGAUAUGACAACAGGGCUCUGAGCAUGUACACAGACCUGCGCAUGUUUGAGUAUGCCAAGGAGUUCCUGGGCACGGCUGAUCCUAAGGACACUAAGAUGUUGAUGACUAAACAGGCAGACUGGGCACGGAACAGUAAAGAGCCUCGUGCUGCUGCAGACAUGUAUCUCACUGCAGGAGAACACUUAAAAGCCAUCGACAUCAUAGGAGAACACGGCUGGGUCGACAUGUUAAUAGAUGUUGCACGUAAGCUGGAUAAAGCUGAGCGUGAGCCUUUGGCGCGGUGUGCUGUGUUUUUUAAGAAGUUAAAUCACCAUGGUUACGCUGCUGAGACAUACUCCAAAAUGGGCGACCUGAAGGCCUUGGUCCAGCUGCAUGUGGAGGCCAGGCACUGGGAUGAAGCUUUCUCUCUGCUGGACAGACACCCUCAGUACAGAGACCAGGUCUAUGUGCCAUAUGCUCAGUGGUUGGCUGAAAACGACCGCUUUGAGGAGGCACAGAAAGCUUUCCAUAAAGCCGGGCGACAGGCUGAGGCCGUCAAAGUGUUGGAACAGCUUACCCACAAUGCAGUGGUGGAGAGCAGGUUUAACGACGCUGCAUUCUACUACUGGAUGCUGUCUAUGCAAUGCCUGGACAUCGCACGUGAAAAUGAAGAGCAGAAGGAGGAGAUGCUACAGAAGUUCCACAGUUUUCAGCACUUGGCGGAGCUUUACCAUGUUUACCAUUCCAUCCAGCGCUACACGGAUGAGCCCUUCAGUUCACACAUGCCUGAGACGCUCUUCAACCUGUCUCGCUUCCUCCUCCACAACCUCACCAAAGACAGUGUUCCCCUGGGCAUCUCCAAAGUUAACACGCUCUUUGCUCUGGCCAAGCAGAGUAAAGCACUGGGGGCGUAUAAACUGGCACGCCAAGCCUUAAAGAACUUGCACGGCCUUCAGAUUCCCUCCCGCUUUCAGAACAGCAUCGAUCUCGCCAGCGUCACUCUCUCCUCCAAACCUUUUCACGACAACGAGGAUCUGAUUCCAAUGUGUUUCCGCUGUUCUACAAACAACCCUUUGUUGAAUAACUUGGGCAAUGUGUGUAUCAACUGCAGACAACCAUUCAUAUACUCUGCCUCCUCUUAUGAGGUUCUGCCCCUGGUGGAGUUUUACCUGGAAGAGGGCAUUAGUGAUGAAGAGGCUGUAUCUCUUAUAGACCUGGAGGUACCUCGUGUGGACAGAAAAGCCUCGCGCUGGCAGGACAUGAGCAGUGGAGAGUCCCAGUCCCUUAAGCUGGAUGACAGCAUGGAUGACCCAGCGGACGAUCCGUUCACCGCCAAACUCAGCUUUGAGCAGGGGGGUAGUGAGUUUGUUCCUGUGGUGGUGAGCCGUGCGGUUCUGAGGUCCAUGUCCAGACGGGAUGUUCUGAUCAAACGCUGGCCCAAACCACUCAGCUGGCAGUACUACCGCUCUCUCUUACCGGAUGUCAGCAUCACCAUGUGCCCCUCCUGUUUUCAGAUGUUCCACAGUGAAGACUAUGAGUUGUUGGUUCUUCAGCAUAACUGCUGUCCAUACUGUCGCAGACCCAUUGAUGAGCCCAGUUAA